UUGACUCUUCUCCCGCCAAAGUCUUCUCUCACUAAUAAAAGACCGUGUCCAUCCAUCCCUGCAAAAGUAAUCUCCAAGAAAUUUCUCAAAUGAAAGCUGCCUUUAUUGACGAUUAAACGAUUAGUUAUAUAAACUAACUAAUAAUCCCAUCAUAAUGGGCACUCAAAUCUUUCUAUGUUAAUGAAUUUUGCAAUUUUUGGCUGUAAAUAAGGAAGAGUACAGUUUUAGGCUGAUUGUUCAUCGGGGAGAUUUUACAGCACAUCAGUUGCAGAAAUGAAAAUCAAGCCACGGAAAUAUGUGAGGUUUGAGGAGUCCAAUUCUGAGACGUCUUUUAGUCCCGAGCAGCACUCAAAUAGUUGGCAAUUUCCGAAAUGGAAUCCAAAUUUGAGUUCAGUAAUGAGUGGAGUUAGAAGAGGAUUCGAAAUAGGUUCUUCAAGGAUGAAAAGCUUGAGAAAAUCCCUACACAGUCAUUCUUCACAUAAUGAUAAGCCGAAGUCAAGUUCGAAGAAAAUAAUUCUUGACCCUCAGGGACCGUUUGUUCAAAGAUGGAACAAAAUCUUUGUACUUGCUUGUGUGAUUGCAGUUUCCCUCGAUCCGCUGUUCUUCUACAUUCCUGUAAUUGAUGGUGAACAGCAGUGCCUUGAUCUGGACGAUAGAUUAAAGAUUGCUGCUUGUGUUCUUCGAUCAUUUACUGACCUCUUUUACAUAUUUCACAUUGUUUUGCAAUUUCGUACCGGAUUUAUUUCCCCUUCCUCCCGAGUAUUUGGGAGGGGUGAGCUCAUUGAGGAUCCUAAGGCUAUAGCAAAGCGAUACUUGAUGUCCUACUUCAUCGUUGAUGUUUUAGCAGUUCUUCCCCUACCCCAAGUGGUAAUUUUAAUAGUCGUUCGCUACUUAAAUUCGCCAUUGUCACUAGCUACAAAGGACCUGUUGAAGAUCGUCAUUAUCUCCCAGUAUGUUCCAAGACUUUUUCGGAUCUAUCCUUUAUACAAGGAAGUUACCAGGACAUCAGGCAUAUUUACUGAAACGCCAUGGGCUGGAGCUGUUUUUAAUCUCGUUCUCUACCUGCUUUUCAGUCAUGUACUUGGAGCAUUCUGGUAUUUGUUCUCAAUAGAGAGCAAACAUAGAUGUUGGCGCAAUGCAUGUGAUAACAAUGGUUGUGAAUUAUAUAAUUUAUAUUGUGGAAAUGCUUCCUGUCUACUUGAAUCAAAUGAAACAAAGAGCCCUGCGGACUUUGAUUUUGGCAUAUUCCUUGAUGCUCUUCAGUCUCAUGUUGUCGAUCGCAAAGACUUUUCUAAGAAGUUCUUCUAUUGCUUUUGGUGGGGACUGCGGAAUUUAAGUUCUCUGGGCCAAAACCUCAAAACGAGCACUUACGUUUGGGAGAUUAUUUUUGCCAUUUCCAUCUCCAUCAUUGGGCUGGUUUUAUUUUCAUUGCUUAUUGGUAACAUGCAGAAAUAUUUGCAGUCUAUCACUGUUAGGGUUGAAGAGAUGAGAGUGAAAAGGCGAGAUGCUGAGCAAUGGAUGUCCCACCGUAUGCUUCCUGAUAAUUUACGAAAACGGAUUAGACGAUAUGAUCAAUACAAAUGGCAAGAAACCAGGGGCGUGGAAGAAAAUUCUUUGAUUCGUAACCUGCCUAAGGACUUGAGAAGGGAUAUCAACCGCCAUCUCUGCUGGACACUACUCACAAGAGUGCCAAUGUUUGAGAAAAUGGACCAACAACUGUUGGACGCUAUGUGUGAUCAUCUGAAGCCGGUUCUAUACACAGAGAAGAGCUUCAUAGUUCGCGAGGGAGAUCCAGUUGAUGAGAUGCUCUUUAUUAUGCGUGGUAAUAUAUUGACCAUGACGACCAAUGGUGGUAGAACUGGUUUCUUUAACUCUGAUUAUCUCAAGGCCGGGGACUUUUGUGGAGAAGAACUUCUUACUUGGGCUCUGGAUCCCAACUCUUCCUCCAGCCUUCCCAUCUCAACCAGAACCGUGCAAGCUAUAAAAGACGUCGAGGCCUUCUCUCUGAUGGCUGGUGACCUGAAAUCUGUGGCCUCUCAAUUUAGGCGUCUUCACAGCAAGCAUAUUCAGCACACUUUUAGGUUGUACUCUCAGCAGUGGAGAACAUGGGCAGCUUGCUUUAUCCAAGCAGCAUGGCGUCGACAUUGCAGAAGGAAGAUUGAGAAAUCUCUGCAAGAGGCAGAAGAUAGAAUGCACGAGACCUUGGCAGAAGAAGGCGGGAGCUAUCCUAGUCUCGGUGCCACCAUUUACGCGUCAAAAUUUGCUGCCACUAUGCUUGGUGUCUUGCACAACAAUCAUCCACAUAAUGCUAAAUUAUCCCCCCGAUUACCUAGUGGAAAAUUACCUCCUCUGCUGCUUCAGAAGCCAGCCGAGCCUGACUUUAGUGCGAAAGACCAUUCAUAGGGAUAAUAUACUUGUAUGGCACCCUAUCGGAUGACCUGAUGAAAAAGGUAUUGUUAUUACCAUGUAUGUUUUUUCUCCAAUCUCGAGUUUUCUUUUUGUAUGUACAUAAAUAAUUUUUUGAUACGCUAUUGCCUUUGCAUCUGUAUGCGAAUUUGGCUCAGUUUCACAAGAAAUUUUCUAGUAUGUAUAUAAAUGACAACCUGUAGCUAUUGUUCAUUGAACCUUGCUAUAAAUCCAGGGCGCAUGUGGCCCUGGACGUCCAGGGCGCCAAAAUAGCGUCCCCUAUAGGUGGGGGGCACCAUGUCUACAAGGAGCUUUUUCCAUUGUGUAUUA